AUGCAAUUCGACCAAAAGAAAACUCAUGAUUUAAAGCUAAAUCCAAAAUAUUAAAAUCUCUUAAAGUGGGGAUUAGAUAAUGGUGUGAUCAUUAAAGAUGUAGAUCUCCCAGCAGCCUUUGGAGAACUCACUGGCGUUGUUGCAACAUAAGAUAUUCCUGCCAAUACAGCAAUCAUCUGUGUCCCUUAAACUUUGAUCAUAUCCCAAGAAAAAUGCAAGUUGAGUUCAUUAUCCAUUGUCUACGAUAAGCAUCCUGAGCUAUUCGAUGAAAAUUAGACCUCCGAUGCUGAAUUCAAUAUCCUAAUUUUUUAUUUGUUCAAUGAGAAGAAAAAGGGGGAACAAUCAUUUUUUUAUCCAUACAUACAAGCCAUACAAACCAAUAAUACCCUAAUAGAUUGGACCAAAGAAGAACUUAGCUAAAUUGAAGAUCCAAUAGUACUUGAUGAAUUUGCUAUUGUAAGCGAGGAUUUAAAAGUCUUAUGGAAUUAUGCAUAAGAUAUAUUUAAUGAAUUUAUCCAAAUCUUUGGAGAAGUAAGACCGACUGAUAAACAAGAUUUUUAUUGGGCUGCUUAAAGUGUUAUGAGUAGAUCCUUUGGUUGGUCUUUGAAAUCCACCAGCAUGAUUCCUAUUGCUGAUUUUCUCAAUCAUUCCAAUAAAGCUUGUACUCAUUACUUUGUUCACUCCAAAGUUGAGAAGCUAGAAUAAGAAAGACUUCAAGCUAAAAAUAAUAGGAGAAAUAACCAAGAUUCUAACAGUGAUAUUGAUGAUCUACAAAAUAUGGAAGAUUCAUUUAUAAGAUUGGUGUAGGAGUAUUAUAAAAUAAAAGGGAAUAAAAUUAAUUUAAGUGCUCUUAAGAUACAAUAAGACGAAUCUAAGAUCAAAUAAUUUGAAGAUUAAAAGAAGACCUUUAUUUUAUAACACUAGCAGUAUCUAACAGAAAAUCAAUUAAAAGAUAUAGAUAAUUUGGAAAAUCUGUCAAAUGAAGUUAAAAGAUCUAUGAUUAAUUGGAUCAAUUAUGAGAAAAUGAUACAAAAACCAGAGGUCAACCUUUGGGAUUUGGGAUUCGUUACAUCCUCAGAUAGUGAAGACAAUGAUUCUGAUGAGGACCUUGAACUAGCCAGAAACUAGCAAUUAGAAUCGGUGAGACAAAAAGAGUUAAUAGAAUGGAAAAUUAAAUUAAAAGAAGAAAAACAAUAGAAGAAUUAAAAGUAAGGGAUAAAUAUAUAAGAAAUUACAAUUUAGUAAUAAAAUUAAGAGCUAAAUAAUCAAUAAAACGAAGGAGGAUAUAAAACAGAUAGUGAGAAUAUUGUGACAAUCAGUCUAAAUAAUGAAAAGAAAAACUAAUUAACCAUCUAAGGCUUGCCUACAUAAUAGAUCUAAACUUUGAAAUAGAAUCAGCAAUAAAUGAUGGAAUAAUAAGAAUAGUAGGAUAAAGAGAAUGAGAGUGAUGACAGUGAAGAGUCUAACUGGGAUUGGCUUGAGGAGAAUGAUUAAGAGGCUUAUUUUUGUAUAACAACUACAGAACCAAUAAAGCAAUAUGAAUAAGUUACUGUGUCUUAUGGAAGAAGAACCAAUAGAUUCUUACUCAGCUGGUAUGGAUUUACUUUACCUGAAAAUAAAUACAGUUCCUUUAAUUUUAGAUUAUGGCUCAAUACAGAAAUUAGUAAAGAAAAGAUGUAAAGUUAGAAGUAGAUCUUUGACACUAUUACUAUUAAUAAGUUGAUUAGUUCUAAGGAAUGGGACACGGGUAAGAUCAAAUUUAAUGGAUAUGAAAUUCCUGUCUCAUCAAUUACAAAGGAGUUCAGAAUCAAAAAGAAAAAACUCAAUAUGGACUUGAUUAUGUAUUUGAGAUUGUAUCUAAUGCUUUAUAAAGUCUAAGAAAAGGAUGUGUAUAUCACUAUACCGGUUUCAGUUGAUUAUGAAGUAUUUGUGAUGCAGUUUUGUAUAUAAUUAUUGUAGCAUUAUCUUAAUUCCUACUCUUAGGAAUUAGCCUAAGACAUUAAAGAAUUAGAUACCUAAAUAUCAUUCUCAAGAAGAUUUGCGUUACACAUAAAUAGAGAACGCAAAGAAAUUCUUAUCAAUUAGGUUAUGAUUCUAUUGGAGGCCAUUAUUAUCUUAAAAAAGUACAAGGAAAGCAAUGAUUUGAAGCAAGCAUACAUAUCAGAAAUCCAUAAUAAUGUUCAUUACAAGGUGGAAAUUUUAAGAGGCUUAAAGGGUUAUCUCUAAUCAAUUCAUGAAUUUCUUUGA